UAUAGCAGCUGGUCGGCGAUUCUAAAACAUACCAAAGGCGAGAGAAAUAACUCUUCAGUACGGAGUCGUCUCUGUUCCGUCAUCUGCUCACGCGCUGUUCAUGUAACGCUAAACGUCAGUCGACCGCCUACUGUCGACGCAUUCUUCAUUGAUUGGUUCCUUGGAUUUGUCUUCAGCAUUCUUCCUGAAAUAGAAAUGCUUCUUAUGAUGUUGGAGACCUGCGCAAGAGGCCCAUGCAAGUGUGAGCUGUCACCUGAAGGAUGCAUCUGCUUUGUUUUGUAUUCACUGCUCUUCACUGCUGUUUCAGGUAGGAAGUGCGUAAGAGUACGUCACUGAGGAGUGAUGCCUGUUGAAAGUGGAAACAGCGCAGCCGCUCGUCAAGCCAAGCAGAAGCGCAAGUCACACAGUCUCUCCAUUCGGCGAACCAACAGCACGGAGCAGGAACGACCAGGCAUACACAGAGACAUGCUGGAGGGACAGGAUUCCAAGCUGCCCCUUCCUCUAAGGAACAACCUUCUCGACCUGUUUGGACAGAUCGAACGAGAAUUUGAAAAUCUCUAUAUUGAGAACUUAGAAUUGCGGCGAGAAAUCGACUCUUUGAAUGAGCGCCUGGCUGGGGAGGGACAGACCAUAGAUGGGGGAGAUCUGAGCAAAGGAGCUCUUAAAACAAAAGCCAGUCACAGUACAAGUCAGCUGUCUCAAAAACUGAAGACCACAUACAAAGCCUCCACAAGCAAGAUUGUGUCCAGUUUCAAAGCCACUACGUCCCGGGCCGUGUGUCAGCUGGUUAAAGAGUAUGUGGGGCACAGAGAUGGAAUCUGGGACCUCAGCAUCACGAGGAUACAGCCGCUGGUCCUGGGCACAGCCUCAGCAGAUCACAGUGCUAUGCUGUGGAGUAUUGAGACAGGAAAGUGUCUCCUUAAGUAUGCUGGUCACGCUGGAUCAGUCAACUCAAUCAAGUUCCACCCCACAGAGCAGAUGGCUCUCACAGCAUCUGGCGACCAAACUGCUCACAUCUGGCGCUACAUGGUGCAGCUGCCUCCACCUCAGCCCCCCGCAGACAUCAGUGCCUCGUUAGACGAUGACGUGGAUUUCUCAGACAAGGACGAGGCGGACGGAGAGGUCGACGGGCCGAGCGAAUGCCCCACCAUCCGUGUCGCCACCACCACUCUGAAGAGCCACCAGGGCGUGGUCAUCGCUGCAGACUGGCUUGUCGGAGGCAAGCAAGUGGUCACCGCAUCGUGGGACAGGGCCGCCAACCUGUACGACGUGGAGACGUCUGAACUUGUCCACACGCUAACGGGUCAUGAUCAGGAGCUGACCCACUGCUGUACUCACCCCACCCAGCGUCUGGUGGUCACCUCAUCCAGAGACACUACUUUCCGUCUGUGGGACUUCAGAGAUCCCUCCAUUCAUUCAGUUAACGUCUUCCAGGGCCACACUGACACUGUGACGUCAGCCGUCUUCACCGUGGGAGACAAUGUGGUGUCGGGCAGUGACGAUCGCACUGUCAAGGUGUGGGACCUGAAGAACAUGAGGUCGCCCAUAGCGACCAUCCGCACCGACUCAGCCGUUAAUAGGAUCAGCGUCUCUGCCAACCAAAGAAUAAUCGCUCUUCCCCAUGAUAACCGGCAAGUCAGGCUGUUUGACAUGACUGGGGUUAGACUGGCCCGGCUGCCCCGCAGUAACAGACAGGGACAUCGGCGUAUGGUGUGUUGCUGUGUGUGGAAUGAGGAAAACCAGGCUUGUAACCUUUUCACCUGCGGCUUUGACCGUCAGGCCAUCGGCUGGAACAUCAAUAUUCCCGCCCUGCUUCAGGAGAAGUGAACGCCCCACAUACAUACACACACACACACACACACACACACACACACACACCUAUAUAUUUACACAAACACACUGAUCUACAUGCACACGUCACUAGAAAUGUACAUAACCACAUGUGACAGAACACUCUGCCUCUUUUCUCAGUUUAAAAAAAAACAAAAACGCAUGAGGCCAGCUAACAUUGUUAUUCACAUUGUGCUUCUGUCUACGUGUGUGUGUGUUAAAGUGUGUGUGUGUGUGUGUGGUUAUCAAACUAGAUAUGUUACAUUUACACUGGCUCCUGAUAUCAGCCAUUGUUUUUGGACUAAUGAGUGAGGAAGUAAAUAAGUGAAAAAUGCAUCUUAAACCUGUGUGUGUAGUCCAGAAGCCUCUGUGUCAGUGAAGUGAAAACACAGGGGUUGGAGGAGAGUGAGGAGGCGGAGUCAAACUCACAAAGCAUUGCAGGUGCCACAUCCAUAUCACAUAUCUGACUUUGUGCUCUCUUGCCACCUUGAGGUCAUUAUGGAUUUAAAUGUUGCUUGGCUCAAACAUUUUCCCCCCCACCUUCUGAAUCCUUCAGCACCCAGGUAUGGACUGCUGGGGUCCAUAGGAAGUCAUACU